UCGUGGGUCAUUCCUCUCUCAAAAUGGAGUUGUCUGAGUCCGUGCAGAAAGGGCUGCAGUCUCUAGCAGACGCAACGUUUUUCGACAUAAAAACCUUCUCAGUGUUCAUAGAAGUGGCUUUUCGCAGUUUGCUAUCAGCCCAUGCAGAUCGUAGUGUUCUCGAUCAGCCUGAAUUUAAACGUCUUGACCAGAAGUUGCUGAAACAUUGUCAUACUGCUGCCACGACCUGCAUACUGGAGGGGGUCAAACAAAAUGCUGACAAAUCCACUAUAAGUGCGUGCCUGGAGGAUGUUGGUUUUGAUGCGGAGAGAACAGAAGUUUUCUACACUACGUACCAGAAAUGUAGAAGUGAUCUGGAAACUCUAUUGUCAAGUUUAGGGAGAUGCCCACCUCAUAUCAAUGACGUGUCCUGGCGCCUGGAAUACUGUAUCAAGAACGGCCAUGUGCAUAAGGUCAACGAGCCGUCCUAUCUGAUUUCAUUAAACGUUGAGAAUGCCAACAACGGAGGAUCGUCAGAAGAUCUACAUUUUAGCUGCACGAUGGAGCAACUUCAGGAUUUGGUGGGAAAGAUGAAAGACGCUGCCAAGAGUCUCGAGAAGGCUACGCAGUUGUAAACUUGCGUUGUGCUCGAAGAGCCCUGCAAGAACUGUGGAAUCCGGUUUCUCACGUGACCCCUCUUCUCAUCUGCUCCACUCUUCUCAAAGCAAUGAAGUUCAGCGAUUUCAAGCGGUGUUGAUAUUAUUUGUGUCCGCAUUGUAUUUUAUACUAUGUCUUUCGUAAGUAUAUAUACUGUUGGUUGUCCGUUCUGCAAAGAUGUAUUGUUAUCAAUAAACACGUUCAAUGAAA